AUGGCGUGGCUUCGAAGACGCGAUGCCAAAGAUUCCGAGCCAGGCGAACCAGCUACGACAAAAUUAAGAAAACCUCCUAACACAGCCUUUAGACAACAACGACUCAAGGCAUGGCAGCCAAUUCUGUCACCUCAAUCUGUGCUACCAUUGCUGAUUUUGGUGAGUGCUAUAUUUGCUCCCAUCGGAGUGGCGUUGAUCAUCACUGCCAACAACGUUCAGAACUUGAGCAUCGAUUACAGCCAUUGCCAGCAGUUGGCAAGCUCAACGUCCUUUGAGGCAAUCCCAUCGAAAUAUGUGCAUUUCCAUUUCAACAAAAAGGUGACGAACCAUCCAACGUGGCGUGUGGCAGUAGACGCUGAUUCUGGUGAAGCUACGUGUGAAAUCCAAUUCGAAAUACCCACUGCUUUGAAGAAAUCCAUCUACGUCUACUAUCAACUGACGAAUUUCUAUCAAAACCACCGGAAGUACGUCCAGUCGUUCGACGUGAAACAACUCAAGGGCCAGGCAGUCGACGUGGAUGACUUGACUUCUGAUUGCAACCCAUUGCGCGAAAAAAACGACAAGAUAGUAUAUCCUUGUGGGUUGAUAGCCAAUUCUCUGUUCAACGACACUUUCACGCCGCGGUUGACGGCUGUGAAUGAGACUGAACUGGACUACGAGCUCACCAACAAAAACAUCGCCUGGAAAGCAGAUCGCUCGCGCUACAAGAAAACCACUUACAAUGCUUCGCAGAUCGUGCCUCCUCCAAACUGGUCGGCAAACUUCCCAGAGGGCUACACUGAGGACAACAUCCCAGAUAUCUCGCAAUGGGAAGAGUUACAGGUAUGGAUGCGCACUGCUGGACUGCCGAAAUUCUACAAACUAGCUCUCAAGAACGAAACUUCUACGCUUCCGAAGGGCGUUUACCAAAUGAAUAUCGGGCUUAACUAUCCGGUGACCCUCUUUGGAGGCUCCAAAUCGCUCGUUCUCACCACCAACAGCGUCAUUGGUGGCCGCAACAUGUCUUUGGGUGUUCUCUACCUGAUAGUCGCCGGCUUUUCCAUUCUAUUUGGAAUCGUCUUCCUCAUCAAGCUCAUCAUCCAACCAAGAAAGCUAGGAGACCACUCUUUUUUGAGUUUUGACGACAACACUGAGUCAGAAACCCGUCCUGCCACUCAAGACAUCCCUCUGAGAGAGAUCCUGUAG